UUGAAUAAUAUUAUUAAUUAAAAUUCCAAAUUCUCAAAACGUGUAGUUUGCGCCAGCAAGCAAACAGACUGUGUUGUGCUACGGUCGGGAAGUGGAGAAAAAGCGUCUUGCCAAUCAAGUGAAAGUUUUCUCUUCUUUGUUGUUUUACAGCAACGUGCAACUGAGUCUGGGUCUGAGUAGCGGGCGAGUGCGCAUUAUUCGAGGCAUCGAGACGUUAGCGGUUGCGUCGCAGAGUACGUUGUCGUUGUUAUUGCACUUGCUUGUCUGGCCGCGCAAAAGAUGUGCGAUACAAAUAACAAGGCGCAGAAAUGGAAAUGUGACCUUUGCACGUAUGAAAACUAUCCAUCCUCAAUGAAAUGUACAAUGUGCACGGCCAGCAAACCGCUGCUGAACGAAGAUAUAUUUCGGCUCAGUCCGCCGGAGGCGACAACAGCACAAUCACACGACAACAACAGCGCCGAUGGAGCAGCAGCAGGUCUGGCUGUUGAGCCCACGUCCACUUGCUAUACACGUCCUGAAACACAACAGCAACGGGUACGUGGUCCUAUGGGCAGUGCCGACCCCGAAAAGUGGGCGUGCAAAGUCUGCACCUAUUUGAAUUGGCCACGCAGCCUAAGAUGCGUGCAAUGCUGCACGAAACGAGGCGGAGUUGUUACGGAGUUUGUUGGUCUGCCCGCUGCUUCGACGGAUCCACACCCGGAGGCCCAGAGUCAGGACUGUGUGGAUCGAUCAAGUGAGAAACUGCAAGCCUUGCGCAUUAGUGGCUCAGACACAGAGCUCAAUGCUCGCGGCUGUACCAUUGAUAUUGAAAGGCAGAGACAGAAUGAGGCCUCCAAUCAGCAGCUUAUCGGAGCAACCGCCUCGCAUCGAGUGAACUUAAUUCCAACAGUCGAUCAGCAGUGCAGCAAUACUACGCACCUCAAUAAUCUCGCUAAUACAUCUCAGAACCAACAGAAUCUGGCACCACAGCAGCAGCAGCAGUUGCAGCAACACAACUCGUCCGCAUCUUUGCAGCAGAAACAUUGUUAUGUGGCCAAAUGGGCUUGCAAUUCGUGUACUUACGAGAACUGGCCAAAGAGUCUCAAAUGCUCCAUGUGUGGCAAGCAAAAGGAGCCCACCGGUUCGCAAUGCGAUUUGAAUGCCAGCUCCAGCAUAUCCGGCAGCAACAAACAAUUAAACAUUCAGGAUGAACAACAGCAGCAGAAUGCGGAUACAGUCAGCGUCAACAAUUCAUUCAAUAAGAAGCAUAUUUAUCAACUAGGUUCUUCAGAAACUAUCAACAACUGUGAUACGCUGCAGGAGCGCCAGGAGCGUCGCCAGCGUCAGAUUAGGCGCCAAGUGGACUGGCAGUGGCUAAACGCCUGCCUGGGCGUGGUCGAGAACAACUAUAGUGCCGUGGAGGCCUAUUUAUCGUGUGGUGGGAAUCCAGCGCGUUCCCUGACGAGCACAGAAAUUGCCGCACUGAAUCGCAAUUCGGCUUUCGAUGUAGGUCACACGCUUAUACACCUAGCUAUUCGUUUCCAUCGGGAGGAAAUGUUACCCAUGCUGUUAGCCCAAAUCUCUGGCUCUGGGCCGGGUAUAAAACGUGUGCCGUCUUAUGUGGCGCCCGAUUUGGCCGCCGACAUUCGUCGGCAUUUCGCAAACAUGUUGCGCAUGCGCAAAUCGGGUCUGGCCUGCCACUAUGUGCAGGAACAUGCCACCUUCGCGCUGCCGUCAGAGAUAGAGGAGCUGCCUAUACCCAUACAGGAGCAGCUGUACGACGAAUUAUUGGAUCGGGAUGCGCAAAAGCAGCUGGAAAUGCCGCCACCAGCUCUCAAUUGGUCCCUGGAGAUAACAGCGCGUCUUAGCUCUCGUCUGUUGGUGCUCUGGAACCGAAGUGCUGGCGAUUGUUUGCUCGACUCAGCCAUGCAGGCCACCUGGGGUGUAUUCGACCGCGACAAUAUCUUAAGACGGGCAUUGGCCGACACCUUACACCAGUGCGGGCAUAUUUUCUUUACGCGUUGGAAGGAGUACGAAAUGCUGCAGGCCUCGAUGCUGCACUUUACACUCGAGGAUUCGCAAUGGGAGGAAGAUUGGAGCACAUUGCUCUCGUUGGCCAGCCAGCCGGGGUCCUCGCUGGAACAGCUGCAUAUUCUGGUACUGGCCCAUAUACUACGACGUCCAAUCAUUGUUUAUGGCGUGAAAAACGUUAAGAGUUUUCGAGGCGAAGACAUUGGCUAUGCGCGAUUUGAAGGUCUCUACCUACCUUUCUUCUGGGAUCAAAACUUUUGCAUUAAAUCACCCAUUGCGCUGGGUUAUACGCGAGGCCACUUUAGCGCUCUAGUGCCAAUGGAACCAUUUUCUCGCAUAGAUGGGCGUCGCGACGAUGCUGAAGAUGUAACAUACUUGCCCCUCAUGGAUUGCGAAACGAAGCUCUUGCCCAUUCAUUUCCUCACACAGUCUGAGAUUGGCAACGAGGAAUCUUUGAUGCGACAAUGGUUGGAUGUCUGUGUCACUGAGGGAGGCCUUUUGGUAGCACAACAAAAAUUGCGCAAGCGACCGUUGCUUGUGGCGCAAAUGCUGGAAGAGUGGCUAAAUCAUUACAGGCGCAUUGCACAAGUGAUAACUGCCCCAUUUGUGAGACGUCCGCAAAUCACCCACUAUUCCAGCGAUGGCGACUCAGACGAAGAGUAGAAACGGAAGCAUCACGCAUCCCAUGUGUCAACAUUUUAUCGAAAAUUUCUUAUUGUUGAUUAUGAAUUUACGCAUAUACAUAUAAACACACAAACACACAUCUAUAUAUAUAUAUAUAUAUAUUUAGUUCGGCUAGAUGAACUUUUCGAAAUGCAGUCGCAGCUCCUAUGCACUUGUAACGCAAUUAGUUGAAUGGGCCGUUUAAUGAGCAGCUUAUAUAAAAUAUUUACAAGCAGUUAUACCAGUUGUAGUUGUUUCUAAGCGCAAACAAUAGGGCAAGGGUUUAAAAAAAACUCAUUGCACGCAAACCCACACACAUACAUAUAUAUAUACAUCAAUUGAUCUGUCAUAUCCGUUUCCAAUUCAACAUUUGUUGGUUUUUAGUCAAAUUUAUUCAUUGUGGAUCAACGAGUAUGAAGGGUAAUGCUGAGGACAGGUAAUCUACUAAAACGUCUAGUAAAUGCAAUCGAAUUCGAACCUAAAAACUAAAUUAAAAUGGGAAGUUAAAAUACAAUCUUUAUAGAGCCGGAUCGAAAACUGAGAACAGUGAAAAUAAAUAUAUUUAAUACAUAUAUAUAAACACACAACAAAUAUAUGAUAUGUAAAACUAUGUUUAAACUACGCUAAAUCUCUAUGUACUAUUAAAUUUUAAAAAGUGAAUUCAAACAAAACACAAUAAUUUGGGGAAUAUGAAGUUAUAUUUAAGGCAAUUGAAAAGUUUAUUUAUAGUUGUUUAAAAAACAUUUUGGAUUUAUGAACUAUUAUUAUAUACAUAUAUACUUAUACACAAAACAUAUAGAAGAAAUCCUAUGGUUCCAAAGUUGAACAAAGGGCCACUAAAAUUUUAUCUCAUUAUUUUUGUUAGUAAUGUUAUUAAAAUUAAUUAUUAUUAUUAUAUACAUUAAACAACUGUGCUAAAUGUACACGCAAAAAAAACACAUAAAAACAAAGUUCAAUGAAUAUUUAAUUUAUUUUAAAAAAUUCUAUGAAAUAAAAAUUUUAAGUAAAAUGUA